GAAGUUUUUGGCAACAUAGAUAUUUUUGGGUUCCAAACGGGAGACACGACCAAUGAAUUACAGCGAAAAAGGGGAAGGUGAUGAAGAUGAGGCUAAUUAGGCGCUCAACAAAUACGACGUUUUUUUGCUAAACAUUUGUCAAUCGAUAAUCAACCAACGACUUCAUCCUAUUCUGUCAUCUCGUCUCUCCAAAUCCAACGCUCCAAAAUUCCCUCAACCCCUCACCGCCAUUGCUGAAUUUGCUGUACCUCCAGAAAAUCCAUUCCCAUACACCUCAGCAAAUCAAUUGCUUCACCAACUGAAAAUCCCCCUUUUCCUUCUCAACCAAAUCUUUCAUUUCUGAAGAACAAUCGUCCAAAUCCCAAUCUCAACUCCUAACCAUGGCUCCGACCCCAAAAUCUCAUCUGGGUGUAAUCUUUUUUAUCUCCUUCGUCUUCUUCACCGCCAUUCCUUCGAUUUCUGCAGCCGGAUCCGUUGCUCCUACUGUCUAUGAUGUCCUCCCCCAAUAUGGCCUUCCCAGUGGCCUUUUACCGGACUCCGUCGUCAACUACACACUCUCCUCCGAUGGUCAAUUUGUUGUUAAUUUGGCCAAACCAUGUUACAUCCAUUUCGAUUACUUGGUUUAUUACCACAAGACCAUUACUGGGAAGCUCGAAUAUGGCUCCAUCUCUGAUCUGGACGGCAUCGAGGUUCAGAAAUUUUUUCUCUGGUUGGAUGUGAAAGAAAUCAGAGUCGAUUUGCCGCCUUCUGAUAACAUAUACUUCCAAGUUGGGUUUAUCAACAAGAAGCUUGACAUCGACCAGUUCAAGACGGUCCACUCAUGCCAGGACAGUGGUUUGGCCUCUUCUCUUGGCUCCUGGAAACGGAUUCUUGAGCUCCCGCCACCAGUAGAUGACAUCCAGAUGCUAAUCACCGAAUAGCUCAUCGUCACUUGUCCAAGUUCUUGAAGUUCUUCUCGCCGCAUAUAUAGAUGAGCAGAAGUUGUUUUUAGGUAUCUGGUCUCAGUUUAGACACCAAAAUGUCAAAUGUCUAUCUUGGAAGACCUAUGAUGCGAGUGUUAAUAUUUGAUGUGUCUCCACUUUGAUCCUCCAAAAAAAAUGCCUAAAACAUUUGGCAUUUGGGGUCUUAUAAACUCAAUGCUUAUGAAUGACAUGGUAUAUUAAAUAGUAUGAGUUGAUCACGUUUUA